UAUGCAGUUCUCGCGAGUGUCGAGACUUCCUGUCAAGACACCGGAAGAAGCUCUUUCGCUGCAUGGCCACCCCCGAUCCAUCUGGAGCCGCACGUUGAGGAACUAUACCAGCCGGCACCAUGCAGUCGGACGACGUUAUCUGGGAUAUGCUUGGAAACAAGCAGUUUUGUUCUUACAAAAUGAAAACCAAGACCCAGAACUUUUGUCGAAAUGAAUACAACCUAACAGGAUUGUGUAACCGGUCUUCCUGCCCAUUAGCCAAUAGCCAGUAUGCUACCAUCAAAGAAGAGAAAGGUCAGUGCUACUUGUAUAUGAAGGUGAUAGAACGAGCAGCUUUCCCUAGGCGCCUAUGGGAGCGGGUCCGACUCAGUAAGAAUUAUGAGAAAGCUCUGGAGCAAAUAGAUGAAAAUCUUAUUUACUGGCCUCGCUUCCUUCGACACAAAUGUAAACAGCGUUUCACUAAGAUUACCCAGUACCUGAUUCGAAUCCGUAAACUUACUUUAAAACGACAGAGGAAACUUGUUCCCUUGAGCAAAAAGGUGGAAAGGCGUGAAAAAAGACGAGAGGAAAAAGCAUUAAUAGCUGCUCAGCUAGAUAAUGCAAUAGAAAAGGAAUUAUUGGAGAGGCUAAAACAAGAUACGUAUGGUGACAUCUACAACUUCCCCAUUCAUGCCUUUGACAAAGCUUUGGAACAUCAGGAGGUUGAAAGUGACUACUCAGAUACUGAAGAGAAAGAUGAGGAUGAAGAGGAGGAAGAAGAUGAUGAUGACUUGAACAAAAGGGAAUUUGUGGAAGAUGAUGAGGUGGAAGAGAGUGACAUUAGUGAUUUUGAGGAUAUGGAUAAUUUAGAAGCUACCAGUGAAGAUGAUCAGGAGGAGAGAUCAUCCAGUGAAGAAGAUCGAGCUGCUCCUGCCAAACACAAAGGCAAAGCCCCACUCAAAGGCCCCGUGAAGAGAAAGCGAGCCUAUGUGAAAGUAGAGUAUGAGCAGGAGACAGAAACAGCCACCAGAGCCCAGACUGCUUGAUCAUCUUCAGGCAUUUUGUAAAGAGACAGAAAUAAGGAAUAUUUUAAUUUUUCCAUCUUUUAAAAGAUCCAUGCUCUCCCAUUUUGUGUUUAAAGGCUUUGUUUUUUAAACACACCAUUUCAUCCAAAUACUUACUUUUUUCUGCGUGAAGAAAUAGAGAAAACCUCAAAUUUUGAUCAGUAUUUUCAUGGGAGAGGCAGAAUUAUUACAGUAACAGUUGGGCUGGAGAAGACUUGGGCUUUAAGCUUGUGGAUAAAAACAUACCUGCAGCCUUAGAGUGGCCUAUCAUCAUGCCACUUUAUUUUACUCUUGUUGUUUAGUCAUGUCUUUUCAUGACCUCAUUUGGAGUUUUCUUGGCAAAGGUACUAGAGUGGUUUAUCAUUUCCUUUUCCAGCUCAUUUUAUAAAUGAGGAAACUGAGGCAGAUAGGGUUAAAUGACUUGAACAGGGUUAUACAGCUACUAAGUAUCUAAGGCCAGGUCUGAGCUCAGGUCUUCCUGACUCUAGGCCUGGCAUUCACCUAGCUGUCCUUGAUUUCACUCUCCUUUUGCUUAAUUAAGACUUUUUUUGCUCUUCUUGGUCCCUACUCCUAUGGAGUUAAGGGGAAGAAACAGGCUACCCUACUUCCAGUCACUUUUAUACUGAGUGGGAAAUUGUUCUCCUGAACAUACCCUUGUCAUCCAAACUUUUGGGAAGACACCUUCCGGAAUCCUUUUCUUCAGGUUAAUGGAUGGUGAAGGAAAGGUAAUAUUUUAUCUUCAAAA